AUGUCCAACCAAGAGGGACCGUGGACGGUCCCAACCUGCUCCACUGAGCCACUGCAUAGAUUACUCGACUUCGAUCGUUACCAAUUGCGUUACGAAGAGGACACUGUGCCUGUUCACGUAGCUCUUCACGACACGACUACCUCUCUACGACACUGUCCCCACAACGAAUACUCCCUGUAUCUUCACGGUUUUUAUCAGACCAUCGCAGCGAGAUUCCUGCUUACGAUCGAGAAGACGAGCGAUCUUCACCAACAGCUGGUGUGCACUUCAUAUAGCACACACACUCAGGGCUAUUGGAAGACCUUACUCAGCCUCAAUCGAUCAUACAACGACGGUGUCUUAAGCGACUAUGACAUUAAUGUUGAUUAUGUCUACCUCAUGGUGCGUGGACUCUCGUGCCUUCCAGUACCGUGGUUCUACAUGACGCCCAAUCAUCCCUUGCUUGCCAACCUCACCCGUCCUCCUGCUCGGCUGAGCUUGCCCAUGUCGCCGGAUACGUCAAAGGCUCUAGUGGUUACCGAGAUCAACAACGGAACAGCGUAUGAAGAGAACAACAAAAAUGAAGGUGGCGCAAGCGGCGAAAGUGAUGAAGAAGGACGAUAUGAAGACGAAGGUGGCGCAAGCAGUUCGGCUUGA